GUAGGUGUGACCCCCAGCCACAGUGCCUUUUCCAUGCAUGCUCUGGUGGUUGACCACUACAUAGAAGGGGCCUUUUAUCCCCGAGGGGGUACCAGUGAAAUCGCCUUCCACACCAUCCCUGUGAUUCAGCGGGCCGGGGGCGCUGUCCUGACCAGUGCCACUGUGCAGUGUGUGUUGCUGGACUCAGCUGGGAAAGCCUGUGGUGUCACUGUGAAGAAGGGUCAGGAGCUGGUGAACAUCUAUUGCCCCAUCGUGAUCUCCAACGCAGGACUCUUCAAUACCUAUAAGUACCUGCUGCCUGAGAACGCCCGCUGCCUGCCAGGGGUGAAGCAGCAGCUGGAGAUGGUGCGGCCUGGCUUGGGCGUCUUCGCCGUUUUCAUCAGUCUGCGAGGCACCAAGGAGGACUUGGGUCUGCAGUCCACCAACUACUUUGUCUACUUCGACACAGACCUCGACAAAGCGAUGGAGCACUACCUCUCGAUGCCCAGCGAAAAGGCUGCAGCACACGUGCCCUUCCUCUUCAUCACUUCCUCGUCAGCCAAGGAUCCCACUUGGGAGGACCGGUUCCCAGACCAGUCCACAAUGAUCGUGCUGAUGUCCACCUGCUAUGAGUGGUUUGAAGAGUGGCAGGAGGAAGCGACAGGGAGGCGGAGCAGCGACUAUGAGACCCUCAAAAACUCCUUUGUCGAAGCCUCCCUGUCAGUUGUCAUGAGGCUGUUCCCCCAGCUACAGGGGAAGGUGGACAGUGUGGCCAGAGGGUCCCCACUGACCUACCAGUUCUAUCUGGCUGCUCCCCGGGGUGCCUGCUACGGGGCGGACCAUGACCUGGACCGCCUACAUCCUCACGUGAUAGCCUCCAUGAGGGCCCAAAGCCCCAUUCCCAACCUCUACCUGACAGGCCAGGAUAUCUUCACCUGUGGGUUGAUGGGGGCCUUGCAAGGGGCCAUGCUGUGCAGCAGCGCCAUCCUGAACCGGAACUUGUACCUAGACCUUAAGAAGCUUUACUCAAGGAUCCAGGCACAGAAGAAGAAGAAUUAGUUCAGUAAGCAAUGAGUUUGAGGAAUCCCGCCGGAUCUCUGGCACGGCCCUUGAUUUAGCUAUGUCUUUCUGUACCGGUUCCCUCCUCACAUAAAGCACUCUAAUUUGUUUCUGAUUUCUGACUAGAGGUCUGACACACAGGUCACAGUCCUUAGAUCACAGUUCUCAAGCUGCAGCUCUUCCAGCUGGGCAGGUGGUGAGCUCUCAGACCUCUAACGUGUUGUCCCUGCUAAAAGGCCCGGUGUGGGUCAGUGACUUGGACAGCCUGUCUUGUCAAGCAGUGCUUUGCAUACCACACUCCCAUACCUCCCAACUCUGAGCAGUCAGAAGUCAAGUAUCCUUUUGGUCAGAUGGACGGAACCUUCAGUGUUGGCCAGCUGCAGCAGCUCGGUCCAGCCGUCUCGAGGCUUCUCCUCUUCCAUUCUCCACGCUGUGCUGCAGCAGCUCCACGCUACUGAGGAUAAAAGGUGCCUGAAGAGGUUUUUGUCAAAACCUGGGCAUGGUUUUGCUUGUAGUCCCAUAGGUUCAGAGGCCCCCAGAUCCCAUUUUUGUUGGUUCCAAGGGCUCUUUCAGAGGGUGGGGAAAUGCCUAUGAUAGGCUCAGUGUGACUGACUGAAGACAUUAGUCAGCCAAGUAUAUGUUAGAAUAUCCAAUUCAUAUACAGACAGGCCCUAGGUUGGUCUUCCUUAUUUCCAAGGUGACGCUGGGUCUUCAGUGCGCCAGCACCAAGAUACCCUCAUGGAGCUCAGUACUGAGCCUCAAGGUUUAUCUUCCAAAAAUCCACAGCAAAGGGUGACAUUAGCAGUUGGGGCACAGGACUGAAAAGAUGACUUCAUUGGGGUUGAAGCAGGCUGAAAGAGCAUUCUUGGCCAAGGGUAUAGCAGAGGACAAUCACAGAGGUAACUGGAAGACAAAUCAGCCAUCAGCCAGCUACCUCCUAGACCCAGAGGUAGGAAGGAGUGGGGCUGGAAAUCAGGAUCAGAAUGUGGAAAGCUACAGAAUGUGUGCAGAGGCUUGGGAUGGGGUUCCUGUUUAUUGGUACAUAUGUAGGGAUUAGAUGGGAAGGUGAACAAAGGCUUUUUCACUUAUAUUAGACCUUAUUUCUGUCAAUCUUAUUACCAUUUUAAUAAAUUUAAUGAUUUUAUAGCUUUAA